UACCUAACCUCGCCUGGAAUUUUUUUCGCUGAGCACGGGCGCCAAACACAUUGGUGGCCUGGUAUUCGACCAGACAGACGCUCGACUGCUGAGCUGGCUACCCAAGUAUUCAGUUCUUUCUUGCUCUGGAACUCUCUCUCUAGCUGCGGCUCUAGCUGCAAAUUGAGGGUUUCCCAUCGCCUCUUAAGUUAACGGAUUUGCUUGGUGAAGCCGUUCCCCUUUUCUCACCAACUCAACUGCCUUUUUCAUCGACGUCGCACUCACCCGCCACCCCUUCCCCCGGCCCGGACGGGCACUAGAUCUAUCCGCCAUGGGCAAGCGCGUCAAGCAGUACAAGAAGCUCAUGCGCGCGUAUGAGCACCUCGGGUUCCGCCAGCCGUACCAGCUGCUGCUCACCAGCGACAUCCUCCUCGACACAGUCAAGGUCGACCUCAUCAGCUUGUUUGAGAAGACGUUGUCGACCAAAAAUCUGAAGCCCAUGAUCACACAAUGCUGUAUUCGGGCGCUCUACGACCGCAACAGGGGCCCCAACAGGGACCCGGCUGUCGUCGGCGCAAUCGAGAGGGCAAAGACAUUUGAGAGGCGCCGGUGUGGCCACCUCAUGGACGAGGACGCUCUGCCCGAGCAGGAAUGCGUAAUGUCUGUCGUCGACCCCAAGGGCAACGGCCAGAACAAGUUCCGCUACAUCGUGGCUACCCUGGACGAGGAACUGAGAGCGAGAUUACGAUCCGUGGCGCCGACGCCGCUGAUGUAUGUGCGUCGGAGUGUUUUGAUCCUUGAGCCCAUGUCUUCUGAGUCAGUCAAGGUCAGAGAGCGCGAAGAGCGUGUUAAGUAA